AUGGAGGACAUUCACACACAACUUCUUGUAAGCAUCCAUCAGGAGAUCAUCAAAGGCAGUUUCUGCGACAUUCAAAUCGUAUGCAAAGACGGGACAACAACCGGAAGUCGCCUUGUCCUGGCGGCGCUAUCACCUUACUUCCGAGCCAUGCUUUCGUCCGACAUGGCAGAGAGUCGGACGGGCGUCUUAAACCUCCCCUCAGUGCCUCUGUCCGCCUUUCAAGAUAUUAUCAAAAUGUAUUUUUGCAAAAUAAAUAUUGUUACAGAAGAUAACUGCAUGCAAGUAUUAGAUGCUGCCGAGAUGAUGCAGCUUGACUACAUCAAACAGCUGUGUAACUCGUACCUGCAGAAAGGUCUGGUUCUCACCUCUGAGAACUGUCUCAGUUGGUGGAGACUGCUAAAACUCUAUAAUUUUCUGGAUUUGUCGGAGCAAGCAUUUUGCUAUUUGACUAAACAUUUUACUAACUUUAUCGCAACAGAAAAUGUGAUUCAGCUGUCGAAGGCAGAACUUCUAGAAAUAAUCUCAAAACACGACUUGGACUGUGAAGAAGACAGUGUUAUGAAAUGCUCUCUGAAGUGGAUUGAAACCAAUAAUCCGGAUCCAGAUGACAUCAGAGCUAUUUUUGAAAAUGUUCGGCUGGAAAUCGUUGAUCCACAGUUUCUAAUUGAUAAAGUUGUAUUUUCAACUGUUGUUUGUCAAAAUACUCCUCUUCAGCAAAUGAUUCAACACGUUUUACACACGUACCAUCAAAGAGUAACACCGUGGCCAAGAAUAAAAUCUCGGAUAAAUUUGAAUUCCAAACAUCAUGAUGUAUUUGUAUUGCUUCAUGACAAGAAAUCACUUCUGUCUUGUUUCACGUCAGACGACAAGUGGGAAGACGUCCCACCAGCCCCAGUAGAUCCUGGACAAUGCUAUUCUGCAGCAAGUUUGGACAACAAGAUCUACAUCACUGGUGGUCAAACACUGAAUAAAUGUACAUUAAUUUAUGACACCAUUAGAAAAGAGUGGAAAGCAGGUUCAAACCUCAACCAGGAACACUCAUGUCACUGUAUGGCCACUGCUUGUUCUAAAGUGUUUGUAAUAGGUGGCUUUAAGAGCAAUACGAUUGAACACAUAAGUAAAGCCUCCACACAGUGGCAGGUUGUUGCAGAUUUAGGAAUGAACAGACGUCAUGGUUUUGCUUUGACAGUUGGUAAGAACAUUGUCAUUAUGGGAGGAGGAGUAAACUCCAAUAACUCUGAUGUUAUCCAGCACUUGAACACAACAACUUACACUGUCAGCUCUCUAAACACACAGUUGCCCUGUAAGUCUUCAGCACUAAGGGGAUCUGUUCACCUCCCUGAUGUGUAUCUGUUGGACAAAGACGGUAACGUGAUGCACAUCCAGAUCACUGAUAUAGGUGGAGAAAUACAAAUUCAGAGUAAAACAAAAGCAAAAUGGAAAAGUUUUGAUUAUUACUUUGGUGUAAAGCACUGCGAUGGAAGCUUGCUGUGUUUUACAACAGCUGGAAUCAGAAAGUUCAAUCUGGCUGAAGGUAAAGAAGAAGCGUGUACGUUACCUACACCACCAAGCAGUAGCAAAGUGUACAACGUCCUGACAUUUCGUUCAGACAUUCAGUGA